CGAUGGAUAUAACUUGUCCUCUAGAAAACAAUUGGCCUAUCCUUUGCCUCCAAUUACAAGCGGCGCCAUUAGUCUUCUCUUAUAUAUAGGAGUAGUUUUCAAUCUAAUCACCUUCUUCUCUUCCCCCUUCUCCCAAACAAUGUCACACCCCAUUUUCUUCUAGUAUUAGUAAGAUUAUUAUUUUAUCUUAAUUUACUCUUUGAAGGAAAACUCCAAUACCUCUUUUCUCUCUCAAAUAUCUCCCUCUAUCUAUUUUUCUUUCUGAUUUCUUCUUCAUUGUUUAUGUUAUUGUAUUCCCAAUUGCCCAUACAUAGUUGAACCAAUCAUCUCUUUCAUUUCUUGGUAUAUAUAGAGAGCGCUCAAAAUCCGUAAGGCUAAACGUUUUUAUUUUUUUAAAAUGAAAUUAGGGGAAUUUGUAGAAUAAACCAAAAACCAUUCUACUAAUAGUCUUACUAGCAGUAUGUUUGCUAAGCUUCAUCAUGCCCAAAAUUUCCACCACCAACUGCCACCUCAGCCAAUAUCCACCGUAGCAACAGCACCUUCCUCCUCCGCCAACGACGGUGCCACGAUAGAAGUUGUCCGCCGUCCACGUGGCCGUCCUCCGGGUUCCAAGAAUAAACCUAAACAUGCAACUUUCAUCAUAAAAACACGUGACGAUCAUGUGGAAAAACCCUCCAUGAGUCCUUAUAUUCUUGAAAUUCCAACUGGGGUUGAUAUAAUCGAUUCUAUUUUUCGUUUCUGCGAAGAACGAAACAUGGGUCUUUGUGUUCUUAACGGUUCAGGGACAGUCACAAAUGUUACUCUUAAGCAGCCUUCAAAUACUGCUGCUUCUACUGUUACGUUCCAUGGCACGUUUAAUAUCCUAUCCAUCUCAGCUACAAUUGUUCUAGAGAAUUCAAGUUUACCUAAUGGGUUCACUAUUUCGUUAGCAGGACCACAAGGUCAAGUGGUGGGUGGGGCUGUUAUUGGGCCACUUUUGUCGGCAGGGACUGUAUAUUUGAUUGCAGCUACGUUUAAUAAUCCUUGUUACCAUAAGUUCCCAGUGAAGGAUGAGGACGGCGGUCAGUCGCCACCGGUGGCGGUGUCUGGCGGAGGAGAUAGUGGGCAUCCACCGGAUCAGUCUUUUUACACUUCUAAUCAAUUGCCAUCAGAUAUAAUAUGGGCACCUCCGGCUAGACAACCACCACCACCUUACUGAUUAAUCUUGAGGGUAUACAUGUAAGAUUUUUUUUUUUUUUUUUUUUUGGAUUGAUCUCAUGGCACUGUGGAAAAAAAAGGACUUUGAUUUUCUUGUUUUGCUUAUGCUUAGUUUAGAUUUAUUAGUUGACUUUAGUUUUUUCUACGUUUAAUUAAUGUACCGGGCUAAGAAAUUUUGGUGUUUGUUUUGUUGGGAGAAGGAAAAGUGCACUUAUACCCCAAUUUAAUUUUGCUAAGCAUUGGCCAUCGUUCUCUUG